AUGCAAACUAGAGCCAAGAGUGGUAUCACUCAACCUAGACUUAAUCCUACACUUUUGCUCAGUUACAUGGAGCCUACUUCAGUUGGUCAAGCCUUGGUUUCCCCCAAUUGGUUUAAGGGUAUGAAAGAGGAGUAUCAGGCCCUUUUGAAUAAUCAGACCUGGACUUUGGUGUCACCAUCUGGUUCUAGAAAACCCAUUGGUUAUAAAUGGAUUUUUUUAGUGAAGGAAAAUCCUGAUGGAUCCAUCAAUAAAUAUAAGGCUAGACUUGUGGCGAAAGGGUUUCAUCAGCAAGCUGGCAGUGACUUUACUGAAACUUUCUCACCAGUUGUGAAGCCUGUUACAGUCAGAAUUGUUUUUACUCUUGCAGUCACACACAUGUGGACAAUUCAGUAG